UCCAGGAGGAUCCAGGAGGUAUGGGUAUGGUUCUGGUCGUGGUUCUGGUCGCAGCAGCAGCUCGGCUCAUGACGUCUUUGAGACUUUUUCUUUACUUUAAAUCAGUUAAAUGACGUCAGAACCAGCAUCCCGCCACUUUCUCUGUCUGUCUGGUUCUGGUUCUGGUUCUGGUUCAACAUCUCUGUGAUCGAACUUUCCCGGUUCCGCUCGGACAUGGACCUCCCGGCCUCCGGACGCUCCAGGUUUCUCAUCGACUCGCUGCUGGCGCUCAGGCCGCCCGCAGCGCUCCUCUCCCGGCCAAACCCUCCGGAGCUCCGCGGCGGCUUCCCGGAGCCUCCGUUCCCGCAGAGGGAGCCUGUUUCCCGCAGGGAGAGCGCGGCGCUGCCCGGUCCGGCCCACCGGCACCGCUGCCUCGGCGCCUCCUUCCUGAUCCGGGACAUCCUGGCGGACUGCCGGUUCUGUUCUGACCCGGGGCAUCCCGAACCGGGAGCCGAACCGAUCCGACCUGGACCGGCGGAAAACAGCGCAGCCCACGCUGGGCCGGAACCGGGACUCCUGAAGAAAGUCCGGAAGGCCCGAACAGCGUUCAGCGAGCAGCAGCUGACCCAGCUGGAGAGGAGCUUCCAGAACCGGAAGUACCUCAACGUCCAGGACCGGAUGGAGCUCGCGGCGUCCCUGCAGCUCAGCGACACGCAGGUCAAGACCUGGUACCAGAACCGCAGAACCAAGUGGAAGCGCCAGGCCGCUUCCGGUUUGGACCUGCUGGCUGCGGCUGGUUGGAUGCUCCUCCCACCUCACUUCCCUCUGGCCCCGCCCACAAUGGACCCCUACCUGCACGGAGGCCGCGCCCACCUACCGUUAGUCCUCCGUCAGUUUCAGAACCUGACCCAGUCUCUAAAACCGGACCGGGCGGCCUGGACGCCGUGAUGUCAGCCCGGCGUCCUUCCGUUUCCAUGGAGCCGAGGGCGCGGUUCUGGAACUGCAGCGGUCAGGUCAAAGGGGAAAGAAAGCUGCUUUCUGAUUGGACAGGAGCCUAUCGUCUGGAACCAGAACCAGAACCUGUGGAUCUGCAGCCUGAAGGUCCAAAAGGUUCUGUGCUGAAGCUCUGGGUUUGUCUGGUUCUGUAGAACCAACCGGACCAUCAGAACUCCUGGAUCCUGAUCAGCCGGAUCCAAACCACCUGGAGGCCCUGUUCUGAAACGGUUCUGACCCGGUUCCUCCCCUGUGGUUCUGCAGAACCGGUCCGGAUCUGAAAUGUGUUUGGUGCAGAAAUAAAAUCCUGAAACUUUU